AUGUGGGACAUGAUUGCUGGUUCCAUUAGAAAAACAGCUACCGAGGUUCUAGGGGUAUCGAGAGGAAUCUUUGGUGGUCGUCAAAGAGAUUGGUGGUGGAAUCAAGAAGUACAACACAAAGUGAAAGCUAAGAAGGUUUCCUAUACGGAGUGGUUGGAGUGUGUGGAUGAGGAGGAGAAAAGUAGGCUUAAAGAUAUCUAUAAGAAAAUGAAGACGGAAGCGAAGUGGCGAUCACCAGUGCUAAGAAGACAACUUUUGAAUGCUUAUAUGUCGAGUUAUGGAAAAAAGGUUCGACGUGCUAUUAGCAGGAUGAAGAGGGGGAGAGCGACUGGGCCCGAUGAGAUUCUGGUGGACUUUUGGAAGAGUACUGACAAGGCAGGUUUGGAGUGGUUGACUAAGUUGUUUAAUGUUAUUUUGAAGACUGAUAAAAUGCCUGAUGAAUAG